AUGUUCUUCACACCGACGCGUCCCAUAAAGCCCCUUCCGACCAGGCCCGCUCAGGGAUACUUCGUCUUCCCUCCCAGCCACCAAUCCAGCGUGGAUGCACAGCCCACACCCACACCCCAAUCGACCGAUGAAUUCCUCGCUGAAGAGAAGCGUCGCCGAGAGGCUGCGUUGGAUGAAGCAUGGGCCGCUCGUAGACUCCGUGACGAAGCCGCGCGAAAACGCCGACAAGAGCUGGAGGCCGCCGAGGUGCUGAAAAACGAGAUGGCAUGGGUGGCAUCUGGUGGAAUCCUUCGUGACGCCAACUACGAGCGGGACUACGUUAGAACCGAGGCUCUGCGCAAAGAAAUUGCGCUGUUGGCCCACGAACGGGUGCUCACCGAACGCUGGCAGAAGUACGAGUCAGGUUGGACUGCUCUCAACACCAGCAACGGUGUUGUCCGCUUCGCAGACAUUCCUUGGCCCACUACGCCCCGUCCAGACUCGGACUACGACUAUGUGAUCCUGCAAGACCUAACAGUAGACCGUAUCCGUGCGUUUCUGCUCGAUCCUUUGGAGGUGCGAGGAUCGACCGUGACAAAGAAAGAGAGAACCCGAGCAAGUCUGUUGAGGUGGCAUCCCGACAAGAUGACUGGCCUCAUUUCACGCGUUGCACCCGACGAAAUGAAGGCUGUUCACGAGGGAGUCCACCAGGUGAUUUUGGCGUUGCAGAGCCUGAACUCUUGA